AUGGUACAGGAAAAUCAUGCUGGCGAGCCUAGGUUAUACCCGGGUGAGACCUUGGAGACAAUUGGGGGAUUCCCGACCAUUUGUCACUAUCAAUCGCCAACUGCCGAAGAUACAAAUUCCAGACCCUUGAUCGUUUGCAUCCCAGGAGGUGUACAUCUGGCUCGUAUAUUCUACGGUGGACAUCACAAAUAUCGCAAAGAGGACUUCUUAACUCACUGGCUGAACAAAGCUGGCUUCGGAGUCUUGUCAUUAUCUUACCCGCUCGAUACAAAUCCACCAGUGAUGCCGGCAACAGGGUCAGAAUUCCGGAUUGCGGAUUGGGGACGUCAAGCGGCGUUGAGCGCUCAGAGCUGUAUAGACCGUCAUUCUCUCCCAACUCGCUCCGUGGUGCUGGUUUCAUGGAGUAUGGGUGGCAGAAUGAUUGUCCAAUUCAACAUUGCAUGCAAGAAGCUAGGCCUCGAUGUUCAGCAAUAUAUCAGUCUCGCAGCUACCCCUGGAAUCUCCGGUAUCCGAUCACUCCAGGAUAUGACCUGUAGUGCAGCGGGAUACUUCGAUAUCGCUUCACGGAUUGGGGCAUUUUGUAAACAGCUGGACGCCGUGGACAAGGCAAACAAUGAAAGGAGCAUCAUUCCUCGUGAAAUAUAUCUGAGAGAAUAUGUCGGAGGAACUCCAAUCAACCUCAUUGGACUCAGACUCAAAUACGACGGCCAGGGCUCUUUCGUUCAAGACGAAGUCACCCACGAAGAGGAUUCACGGGUCUUCGAUAUCGAGAACACCCCCUACCCAUCAGCAUUAUAUCCAACAAGUUCGCUGGAUUCGGGGCAUUCUCUUACUGAUAAGGCCACAUGGGGAUUCUUACUGACAUACAAAUUGGAAUCCAUGUUCGAAAAGAAACAUCUGAAAGAUAUUGAAGGUACUCAAAAGUGGGACAAGCUAAGAGCAUUAUUCCAUGAAGCGCCGUCAAGAAUGUCGCGGGAGAUAUCGGGAAAUCAUUUCUUUUUUGUGGGCGAAAAUGGCGCCAGGGAAACAGCCGACAAAAUUGGCGCUCUUCUCGCUGAAGGUGUUACUUUGCAGUCGGAAUUGACAUCAAUACUCUCUUCGGCAAAGACGGAUGGCGGAAAUGUACAAUAG